AUGGUUUUCACUACCCCUGCGGAUGGACAGCAGGUGCUUACUGCGAUAACCUCCGAUGAUCAGGCCGGCCACGAUGAGGCUGACGGACGAGAUUCGGGUGCUGAGAGCGCCGAGUUCAAGGAUGACAGAUCUGUUCAAGAGAUAAGGUCUCCGAAGAAAGGUGACAGGUCUUUCGAAGCGACCAGUGCCUUGGGAGGAAAUGAUGACACGUACCAGGACAGGCCUUCGCAGAUACCAAUGAGACACAUUGGACUCUCCAUUCAAGAGCUAGCCCCGCUCUUGUUUGGUCCGUGGGAACAGCACUAUGACCGGGACCUCAAAAUCCGAUCUCUAACUCUUCGCAUCAUGAAUUUUGUUCUCGAUCAAUUCCAAGAUACUGCAGCUUUGGACAGGGUCCCUUCUGAUGGACGCACCCCUCUGUGGACAGCGAUUCUUUAUGACACCACGGAUUGUGUAGCGGCCCUCUUAGCAAGAGGUGCUGAUCCAUACAAAGAAUCUCACGGCAGAACACCAUUCCAGCUUCUAUCCGGGGACUAUGGAUGGGAUAACACGACAGACAAGAGAUCUCUGGAGUUCCGCGUGAUGGUGCCCGUGCUUUACAAUAUAUGUAGAACAAUUGAGGGUAUCGUGAACAGACGAAGAUCGUCCGGGUGUUACACGCAAAUUUUGGAUAGUUUCUGUGCAAGUAUCCGCCCACCCAUCAUCACUCCAGGUAACUCAGUGCUCACUUACCGGGAUCCGAUGUACAACCCGCUGGUCGUCGAAGGUAGGACGAUCGGCAGUACCAUGGUGUUUCCUUUUCUCAUUUUAGAGAGAAUAUGCGAAGUCCUCGGUACACGUGCAAGAUACGAAGACGCCAAGAAGACCUCCAAGAAACUGCCAGCUUCAAAGUAUGGAUUUGGCGACCGCACCCUACUCGGUAUAUGUCUAGAUCGUACGUUAGACGAGGCGUACUUCCCAGGCAUGGAUGAGAUGUUCUUUGACAAAAGAAACAUGGAUCAAGUGGUUUCCAGAGUGUGGAGAAGAUCAUCAGACCCAUCAAACUCAUCGAAGGAUGCUGACACUACUCGUGCGCCAAUACUGAUGGUUCCACAAAUGUGGCUAUGGCAAUACGAAUCAGUCCUCUUGUCUGCUUACUCAAGUAAGCGAGUUUCUGGUAGGAUUGCGGUGUUCUCCUCGAAGGAUGGGUGGCAAACACCGCGUUUCUUUGGUGACAUGAGCGAGCCAACACCUUCGGUCGAGCUACAGAUGGGCCUCGUCAUCGCUAAUCAGGUCUUCGAAUUUGGAGAAGAGCACGACCAGGAAGAUGAGGGCUCAAGGUUCAGAUCCGCUCUCCAGAUGUUUGAAGUCGCGGUGGUGACAACGCUGUCUGACGUCCAACGCUAUCUUGAUGGUGAGCAGGAUAUCUUAACAAUGAAGGGACAGAAGAAGAAGGAGAGAGAGUUCAUUCAUACAAUGUCUGACAUACAUAGCGAGCUGGACAUGAUCUCUGCCGUGCUUCAGCAGCAGGCGAAAAUCAUGAAUAAAUUCCUCAGAGAGACGCGGAGGCUUCAGGAAGCGGCCGCUGGUCAAGAGAAGAAGGGAUGGGCGUUGGUGAAGGAGGCGCGUGCCUUGAUCAAUGAGUAUGAAAAUCGUAUCCUCAAGAUACAUCGAGACGCGGACAGGGUCGACAAGACGAUUGAAUCGUACCUGGACCUUAAGAGGACUUACGCCAGCAUCGAAGAUACCCGAAAUGGUCUUGUUGUUGGCAUCGCGGCGUCUGCAUUCGCGCUCGUGACGGUAAUUUUCACGCCGCUGAGCUUCAUGACGAGCCUCCUUGCUCUGCCGGUUGAUCAUUUUGCGCGGCAGCAGAUCAAGGUUGAUGGCGCUGAAGAUGGCGUUUUCAGGAGUUCUUAUGUUGCUGGUUAUACAGCCUUGGCGGGCAUCUUGACAUGGGUGAUAACGCUAGCGUUGUUGUCUGGCCCGUUGUACACGUGGUGGAAGAGUAAUGAUGAGUGGAAAGAGCGGUGGAAGAAGAGUAAUGAUGGUUGGAAAGAACGAUUGAAGAUUGACAAAUGGGGAGAGAAAUUGCGGAAAGUGAUUCAUAUCAGAGAGGAUGAUGCGGCGAUGAACGCGAGCAGAUCAAGGUCAGCAGGAACGAAAGCGAUGGCAAAGAACGAGAAUGGCAUAGAAUCGAUUGACGCCGGGAAUGGAACGAAUAGACCGCAGAGUAUGGACGCAUCAGCUCUAGGACAGCAGAGGAAGAAGAAUGGACUGCGGCGCAUGCUGCUUGGGCAGCGCGAUACUCAGACUAGCAAUGCAUAG